UUGAGUAGACUUCUCUCUGUUUGCCGCGUGACUCUCUCGAAACAUGAACGAUUCGUCGAUACGUUACUCGCUCGCGGAUGUCGCCAAGUGUAACGGCAAGAACGGAGCGAAAACCUGGGUCGUAAUCUACGAUAACGUUUACGAUGUGACGGAUUACUUGGACCAGCAUCCCGGUGGUGCGGAUUUACUUGAUGAGUACGCGGGGAGAGAUGCCACGAGCGAAUUCGACGAGUUCGGUCACUCCUCAGACGCUAAGAAGUUAAUGAAAAAGUUUCUACUUGGCGAACUAAAAGACGAAGAUAAACGGGCUAAUCGAAAGAAGAAGCACGUUUUUAACGGAACGAAAGCGGAAGAGGCAAGCAGGCAAAAACGAAGAGGUCUUUUGGCAAUUCUCUGCGGCAAAUGUACGUCUUGAAGAGCCUCGUCGCGCGAUCGUCGUUUUUAAGUAUGUUAUCGGUAAAAUUUUAUUUAUUACGUCAUUUUACCUUCGCACAUUUUUUUUAUAUUUAUGUAACGUGCCGCAACAAACACACACACACAUGUAAUGGCAUAUGUGCUACUGAUAAAAAUCGAAAUUGAAAGUAAAUGCCCGCUUAUCGCUUAUGUGUGUACGCGAUAUGUACGGGGAAUCCUGGGCGCAAAGGAGGAAAACCAAUUACGUCCGCGAAUACAAAUGAGUCAUGUGUCGUCAACGCUUAUCGCAUUGUCAGAUAAUGACGUAAGAGACCAGUGACUCGCUUGCUUCUCGGUGCAAUUUUCAUCUCGCGAGCGAGGUUUUGCGAAUGUCAGCUAGUACUUCCAGUUUUUUCUUUAACCUUUCGCGUGUGUGAACGCAUGUAUGUGUUCGGCAAGUGUUAUCGAUGUGGACUAUGGACACAUAAAUUAGCCCGAAGAAUUUCUUCGGCUUAUACUCUCGACACAAGCAACAGCUACUAAUUGCGAUGGCACUUGUCUUUAUGUUCUUUUAUUUUAGCGACGAUAGUAAAUAAUAUUCAUUUGUCCAUUGA